AUGGAUGAAGAACCAUCAGAGAAAAUUUCGCAGUGCAAGGUCUUAGACCAGUCUAUAUAUAUCGAUUGCAAGGAGACGAGUGAAGAGUAUGACAUCAAACGACGGGCCAUCGAAACUGCAUGCCAAAGUCGAGAUGUUAAAGCUCUAGUCGAAUAUGCCAUAUCCCCAGGUGGAUUGCUGACGGAUACCCUUCGUCAAGCUGCAUGGCCUAUAUUUCUAGGUUAUAAUGACGAGAAGGAAGACUCUAGACAGGACCGGCCGGACUGGAAAAGCCUACCUCGACAUGAAGAUGAGGAUCAGAUCAAGCUUGAUGUCAACAGAUCCUUUGUCUAUUAUCCUCAGUGCGGAGAAGAGGAACUAGACAAAAGAAAGCAGCAACUCUCGGAUCUCAUUACGGAGACUUUACGACGCUAUCCAAUGCUCUGUUAUUUCCAGGGCUAUCACGAUAUCGCACAGGUACUGCUAUUAGUCUUGGGUGCUCAACUUGCGCGUCCUGCUUUUGCAAGAGUAUCUCUGUUGCGAAUACGAGACUACAUGCUUCCGUCAUUAUCACCGGCCUUAAAACACCUUCAGCUGAUCCCAGCCAUACUCGAAGUCACCGAUACAAGGAUACGAAGACAUUUAGCGGGAACUCAACCCUACUUUGCUCUGGCAGCUGCAUUGACACUAUAUGCACAUGAUAUCGAAGAGUAUCAAGAUAUCGUACGACUUUACGACUUUUUACUUGCCCAUGAGCCGGUUGUUGCAAUCUAUCUGUUUGCAGCCAUUAUUCUCAGUCGAAAAGAAGAACUUCUGGAGAUACCGAUUGAAGAGCCGGAAAUGCUGCACUUCACGCUGUCAAAAAUGCCACAACCUCUGGAUCUAGAAACUCUAGUAUCUUCUACAUUGAGUCUCUUUCAGGAUCACCCACCUGAAUCUCUUCCAUUCCGAGUCUGGCGACAACUACCGCAAAGCAGCGUUCUCAAAACAUCUCGCUUGGUUGGAGAGCAUGCUAAUCUUCAAGAAGCCGAGAACUCCUUUUUCCAGCAAACAAAAGAGCUGCGACGAGAAGAAUUCCGGAAACAAACAUAUGCACUUCUGUGGCGAUACCGAAGACCAAUAGGUGGUAUUGGAGUUGCGAUUCUAAUCGGUCUGGCAUCGAUAUAUAUUCGCAAAACGGGGCUGGAAGGGCUGAUAUGGUCGUAUAUUGGCAGACUCAAAGGAGUGAUUCGGUUCACUCAUUAA